AUGAAGCUCGAGGCCUUCUGCCUAAAGCCGGCCGCCGCCGCCGCCCCGGCCGUGGCCCCCGUCUCCGGCGACCCCCUUAACUGGGGCGCCGCCGCCGACUCGCUCAAAGGGAGCCACCUCGACGAGGUGAAGCGCAUGGUGGAAGAUUUCCGGCGGCCACUGGUGCGGCUCGAGGGCGCCGAUCUGAAGAUCUCUCAGGUCGCCGCCGUCGCCUCCGGCCGUGGGACUCUCAGGGUGGAACUCGCCGAGUCCGCGAGGGAGCGCGUGAAGGCCAGCAGCGACUGGGUCAUGGAUAGCAUGAACAAGGGCACCGACAGCUACGGCGUCACCACCGGCUUCGGCGCUACCUCCCACCGGCGCACCAAGCAGGGCGGCGCUCUCCAGAGGGAGCUCAUCAGGUGAGCCACCGACUCCUUCCCGACCAGAACCCACGUGCCCAUCUCCUCUGAGGGAAGGAAGAAAGAAGGCGUUUAUUAUCUCCAUCAGUGACUACUACGACUUUUAUAGUGGUUGGGGGUUAGAUCAUGUGGACGUUUACUGAUCUUUUUGCUUGUCCUUGCUGCAGGUUCCUGAACGCCGGAAUAUUCGGCUCCGGCGAUGACUCGGCCAACACGACGCUGCCUCAGUCGGCGACGCGCGCCGCCAUGCUGGUCCGGAUCAACACCCUCCUGCAGGGCUACUCGGGGAUCCGUUUCGAGAUCAUGGAAGCCAUCACCGCGCUGAUCAACCACCACGUCACCCCGUGCCUCCCCCUGCGCGGCACCAUCACCGCCUCCGGCGACCUCGUCCCCCUCUCCUACAUCGCCGGAAUGCUGACCGGAAGACCCAACGCCAGGGCGGUCAACGCCGCCGGGGAGAAGGUCUCCGCCCAGGAGGCCUUCCAGCAGGCGGGCAUCUCCGGGGGCUUCUUCGAGCUGCAGCCCAAGGAAGGGUUGGCCCUGGUCAACGGCACCGCCGUAGGCUCCGGCCUGGCCUCUGUAGUGCUCUUCGAGGCCAAUAUUCUCGCGGUCAUGGCGGAGGUUCUCUCCGCAGUCUUCUGCGAGGUGAUGCAGGGGAAACCUGAGUUCACCGACCACCUCACCCACAAGCUGAAGCACCACCCGGGGCAGAUAGAGGCCGCCGCCAUCAUGGAACACAUCCUCGAGGGUAGCUCCUACAUGAAGAUGGCGAAGAAGAUUCACGAGCUUGACCCUCUGCAGAAGCCCAAGCAGGACCGCUACGCCCUCCGCACCUCCCCACAGUGGCUCGGUCCGCAGGUGGAGGUUCUCCGCCACGCCACCAAGUCCAUCGAAAGGGAGAUCAACUCGGUCAAUGACAACCCCCUCGUCGACGUGUCGCGCAACAAGGCUCUCCACGGCGGCAACUUCCAGGGCACUCCCAUCGGGGUGUCCAUGGACAACGCCCGCCUGGCCCUCGCCGCUAUCGGCAAGCUCAUGUUCGCGCAGCUCUCAGAGCUGGUCAACGACUUCUAUAACAACGGCCUCCCCUCAAACCUCUCCGGGGGUCGGAACCCUAGCCUGGACUACGGCUUCAAGGGCGCAGAGAUCGCCAUGGCCGCCUACUGCUCGGAGAUCCAGUUCCUCGGCAACCCCGUCACCAACCACGUCCAGAGCGCGGAGCAGCACAACCAGGACGUCAACUCUCUUGGCCUGAUCUCCGCGAGGAAGACCGCAGAGGCGGUGGAGAUCCUCAAGCUAAUGACCUCCACCUACCUCGUGGCGCUCUGCCAGGCCGUUGACCUCCGCCACCUGGAGGAGAACAUGAAGGCGGCCGUGAAGAACACCGUCAGUCAGGUGGCGAAGCGAGUGCUCACCAUGGGGGUCAACGGGGAGCUCCACCCCUCGCGGUUCUGCGAGAAGGACCUCCUCAAGGUGGUUGACAGGGAGUACGUCUUCGCCUACGCCGACGACCCGUGCAGCUCCACGUACCCGCUGAUGCAGAAGCUGCGCCAGGUGCUGGUCGAGCACGCAAUAGCCAACGGCGAGAAGGAGAAGGACAGCGCCACCUCCAUCUUCCAGAAGGUCACCGCCUUCGAGGAGGAGCUUAAGAUGGCGCUGCCCAAGGAGGUGGAGGCGGCUAGGGAAGCCGUUGAGAAGGGAUCCCCGGCGAUCCCCAAUAGAAUAGAGGACUGCCGGUCAUACCCGCUCUACAAGUUCGUCCGCGAGGAGCUCGGCACCGCCAUGCUCACCGGCGAGAAGGUCCAGUCGCCGGGGGAGGAGUUCGACAAGGUGUUCACGGCGAUCUCUCAGGGGAAGGUGAUCGACCCGCUGUUCGCCUGCUUGAGUGGCUGGAAUGGAUCCCCCGUGCCCAUCUGCUAG